UUUUCUAAUACUACUUCCUUCUUUUAUGUGACAUCUGUCGAUAACUUCCUUACAAAAGAAAGAAUAGUUCUGGAGCAAGAAACUAUUCUAAAAUGCCCAAAAAGGAAUGUAAAAUAUGUGGACAUGUUCAAACCAUUACACAGUGUGGUAUUUGUUCCUUAAAAAGUUGUCAGGGAUGUUUUGAAAUCCACAAAUAUUCGUGUAGUACACUGAAAGAGGAUAAGAAGCAUUUUUGCCCCGUUCACGAUGAUUAUGUAAAUGGAUACUGCUUUACUUGUUUUCAUCUUGUGUGUGCAAAUUGUGCUGUAGACGUCGACAAGCAUGUUAGCCACACCAUUCGUUCAAUACCAGAUGCCUUGCAUAUCAUACGGAGCGAAAUACCAACUUCUAUUGAAGACCUGGAGAAAAGAGAGGCACAAGAAGAGAAUGCAACGACCAAAUUCUGUGCAAGAAGGAAGAACUUUGAGCAAAAUUUACCUACUUUUGUAAAUGCAGAAGAAAAAAGAUUGCAUAAAGUGAUAACAAAUGCGAAAGAUUCACUCUUGAGACAAAUUCUGGCGUUGAGCGAGAAAAAUGAUUCUCAUAUGAGUUCUUCUAAGGAAAUGAUUACUCAAUUAGUCGCUGCAAAAAAAAACUUGAAAUUUGUACUAGAGGAAAAAUUUCCAAUUGCAUUCUUGUCGGAAUGGUCAAACCCGAGUGUUGUAAUUGGAAAACAUGAAGGCAUUCUGAAAUACAGAGAUUCACCGGAAGACAUAGUAAUAGAAAAUGAGUCAGAAAUAACAAGGAAGUUCCGAAAUUCUAUUUUGAAAGAAACUGGUGACAACAUCGAUAUGGAAAAUUUGAGAACCGUCGACUCACAUUUGCCAGAAAUUCAACAGCUACCUGGAAUGCCUGAAAAUCUUAAAACUGGAAAUUUUAACCAUGACAUACAAUUUAUGUUGAACACAACGAAGAUUCUGCCAGAAUUGCUAGCGAAAAUAGAUCAGUGGAAAACGGAAGGAAAGACUAUUUCGCUGCCUUGUAAAUACACACCAGCGAUUAAUGAAUACGUUAAAAUCAUUGAACUGGUUCAUAACUCCAUCGUUAAACUUAAGAACGAUUUACUACAAUCUCAAAAUGAUUUGAAAAAACAUGUUGAUAAUAUGGUUAAUUGGACAAACAGAGAAACGACCGACAGAGAAGAAGAGACAAAGAUGUAUUUAAACACUAUAAAUGAAAGCAACAAAAAGUUACAACAGUAUGAAGAAAAACUUAAGGCAAAGGAAGAUGAGAUUAGAGCGUUAAAGCAUUCUAAGCUUGAAAAAAUGGAAACAAAAUCUUCAAAACCACUUCAAAAACAAAAUAAACAGAUCACAGAUCAACUCAGUAAAUCCUGUACGGAAGUAAAUGUUCUACAGCAAAGCUUGCAGACAGCAGAUGUGUUGAAAAUGGAAAGCGAACGGGCCAUUUUGUACUACGAAAAUCAGAAUAAACAAAUCCGAGAUUCAUUGGAUGAUAAAGAUAAAAUAAUUCAAUCUUUAUUGAAAGAAAAAGAUGAAUUGCAGUCAAGAUUAAGUAGUAUUGCUGGCGAAAAAUUGACAAGGGGAAAUCCGGGAAUAACAGACCUUGGUGAUCCAAACCGUCCAAUGAAAAUUAGUGAAAAAUAUGGGGAACUUUAUGAUAAUGAAUGGACAGAUGCUAUGGUAAACGUUGAUCUAAUUAAACCACAUUUCCCUGACUUUGUAAAAUCAGAUUUAGAAGAGAUUAUCGUACGUCAUCUGUACAGAACAUUACUGUUUUGUUACCAAGAAUGUAAGAUAAUUUCACUCAAACAGACGCAGACAAUUCGAAAGACCAUUGCCGAGAGCUUGAAUCUAAAUAUUGACUCAGAAAAUGCUGAAACAAAUUUGCCUGGUUGGAAGGAAAUCAGUUUCUAUCGAAAACACCAUGGGGAUGAUUUCGCCAAAUGUUUGAUAACAUAUCAGAAACUAUGUAAGAAUAUACUGGAUGAUUGGCAUUACACUCACAAAAGUGAAAAGUAUAUGAAAGAACUGAUGAAAACACCCUUCUUUGACAAAUGUGUACAUCUUUGUUGGUAUAUGGCUGUUCAGGAACCAAUGAUGUACCUUGAUGACAAGCUUCAGGUGGAUACAAAAUAUAACAAGACUGAAUACAAGGAAUAUGUCCAGAGUGGUGAUAAAGUUCGAUAUAUUGUGUGGCCAGCACUGUACUUACAUGAAAAUGGGCCUUUGCUCUAUAAAGGAGUCGUUCAGGCUUACUUUUAAAAUGCAAUCUUAUAUCCCGCUACUAUUGUUGUGUAGUUAUUGAAGAAAAUGAGAAACAUAACUGCAUUAUGUUAAAGUUUGCAAAUAAAUAUUGUUGAGGACAUAAA